AUGUGCUUUGGCAAACAGUUGAUUACCCCAUUCGUGAAGCAAUGCUUCGCGGUGUCGAGUGUGACCUUCAACAUGAUGUCAUACGGUAUGGUCAUCGGAUUUAACGCAUCACUGUUCUCGGAAUUGAGGAAGAGUCAAGAGAUACCCCUGGACAGGGAUUCAGAAUCAUGGUUGGCAUCACUCAUUGGAAUAACAACAUUUAUUGGAGCGCUAUUCACACCAAUUAUAAUAGACAGCAUCGGCCGAAGACCAGCAGUGAUUACCAGCUCAGUCCUCAUGGUCAGCGGAUGGAUCACAUUUAGCUUAGCCUCAUCACUCCCUGUGUUAUUGGUUGCAAAAUUUUUACAAGGAAUGUCCGUUGGUCUUGGAUCCACGAUGGGAGGACUUUUGAUUGCAGAAUAUAGUAGUCCGAAAUACAGAGGGUCUUUUAUGGCAACAAUUCUUACUUUUCUGCUAUUAGGGAGUCUAAUAUCUCAUUUAUUUGCAUUGUUUUACAAUUGGCAUCAAAUUUCGACAAUACUAGGAUUUUUCUCUUUGCCCGGAUUAAUUAUUUCUUUAUUCUCUCCCGAGUCCCCAGUUUUUUUGGCAACCAAAGGACGUUACGAUCAAUGCAGAAAAGUUUUUCGCUGGCUGAGAGGUCCAAACGAAGAUGAUGAACUCGAGAAAAUGAUUAAAACUGAUUUGAUCGUUAAAGAAUCUAAAAAGAGCCGUCCUAAAAAGACUACGUCUAAAAUAAUACAGAAAAAAUUAACGUACGUCAUUUUAACAUUCAAAAAGCGAGAAUUUUAUAUUCCAGUAUUUAUUAUGAUGCAUCUCAGUGCUAUAAAUGAGUUCUGCGGUGCUCUCGUCUACGAUACAUAUGCUUUUGACAUCCAUAAGGCUUUAUAUGGUACCGAUAUCUACAUGUUUAAAGUGAUGGCAUCUCUGGACAUUCAAAGAAUUUUAUCAACAGUUCUAACAGUCUAUUUAACCAGCAGAGUACGGAGGCGUCCAUUAUUAUUCACAUUAGUUGGAUUGAAUAUAUUGGCGUAUAUCUGUGAGGCUGGAUACAUAUACGCCAGGCGUUAUAGUCUACUUCCUUUUGACCACAUGGCUAUAGGAGUAUUUUUACAUCAUUUCCAUUAUUUCACCAACGGAGCUGGUUCUAUGUCCUUGACGACUAUAAUUAGUAGCGAGCUAUUCCCAACAGCAGACAAAGGAUUCUGUGGACUGAUUCGUAGUUUGAUUUUCUCGAUCUUCGUCUUUGCAAACGUCAAAAGUGCACCGUAUUUAUUCUCCCUCAUAGGUAUAGAAGGAACAUUAUGUGCCUAUGCACUGUUACAGUUUUACUGUCAAGUUAUGUUAUAUUACAUGUUACCAGAAACAAAAGAUAAAACACUACAAGAAAUCGAAGAUAAAUUCAGAGGAUUCUCUUUGGUUGAUCGUGCAGAAAUUUUAAAAACAAAGGAUGAUGUGGAUGUUUCGAAUUGA